UUAAUACAAGAUGGUUAUCAAUGUCAAAUAGUGUAAAAAAUUUGCAUCAAAUAUUGGAUUCAGUAAUUGAUGCUUUACGCUAUGAUAUUGAAUUAGAUAAAAAAAAUUAUCAAGCAAAAAAUUUACUUGAUAAAUUAGAUUAUGAAUUUGUAAUUGCUACUAAAUAUCUUGCCGAUUUAAUGUUUAUAUUAACAAAAUUAAUCAAUAUUUUUCAAAAAGAACUUGUAAGUUUUUCUAAUGUUAAAAUUCAUUUAGAUACAACAUAUGAUGCAAUUACUGCACAAUUUAUUGGAAUUGAUGAUUCUGCACCCUUAUAUAGUACUCAUUUACGAAAAUAUAUGCAAGAUUUUAAUAUUUCUUCAGAAAAUUUACCUUCAUUUAUUAAAAGCUUUUCCGAAGCAAUUAUUAGCAAUCUAAAAUUAAGAUUUCCUCAACUAGAUUUAUAUUAUUCUUUUAAUAUAUUUGAUCCAAAAUUAUUACUGAUAAAAGAAAGUGAACUAGGAAACUAUGGCAAUCAAGAAAUUGAAAAACUUGUUGAUUAUUAUGGUGUAGAUAGAUUUGAUGGCGAAGGAAAUAUGAUUGAGAAAAUAAUUAAUAGUAAUGAUGCAAAACAGGAAUGGGCAGUAUCAAAAUAUUAUAUAAAACAAAUUAGAGGUCAGGAUAUAGUUGGAGGAUGGGAGUAUAUUUUUAAUUUGUAUCCGGAUUUUCCUAAUGAAUUUCCAAAUAUUACUAAAUUGGUUAAGAUUUCAUUAAUUAUUUCUUUAUCAAAUGCACAAGUUGAAAGAAUAUUUUCUCAGCAUAAACUUACUAAAACACGGCUAAGAAAUAGAAUGAAUAUUGAAUCAUUAAAUAAACAUUUAAUGAUAUUACUUAAUGGACCUGAUGACUUUUGA